AUCAAGGAUGAAAGCAUGCUUUUCCUACAAAAUAUUGCAUAAAUCUACUUUAAUCUCUAAUUAUGGUAUUGCACGAGAUAAUAUAAGCAGGAUGCAAUACACUUUGUAGUGCUAGCAAGUUAAUAGGAGCAGAGCAUGCAAAUGCAGCUACUUGUAAUGGGAUACAAAGGAUGCUGAAGGAGGCUGCUGUUGCUGCUACCCGGUGCCGUUCAGUUAAAGGACAGCAAAGUGUGUAUCCAAACAAACCUGCCUCGGUCUUCUACGAGCAUAUAUUUGCUUCAGAGGACGCAAAACAGCCAGGAUGUAAACAGAGAGACAGCCACAUGUGAACCGUCAAGAGGGGAAGAUGGCUGUGCUUGUCGUUUGUGCUCUCCUGUGCCUAUCCUGCUGGGUGUCUUUCUACUUUGUCCUGUGUAACGUUAACGGAUCCAGGAGCUACGAAUGGAACUGUCGACUCGUCACGCUGGUGCACGGGAUCCUGGCAGUCUGCAUCACAGCGUACAUAGGCUAUGUAGAUGGACCUUGGCCUUUUACUUAUCCAGGUACAAAGAACACCCCUCUGCAGAUAAGUGCCAUGGUCCUGAGUCUGGGCUAUUUUAUUUUUGACAUGGCCUGGUGUGUGUACUUCCGUACAGAGGGACCAGUUAUGCUGGCCCACCACACCAUGAGCAUCCUGGGAAUCCUGUUGACCCUUUGGUUGGGGGAGUCUGGCAUCGAGUCGUGCGCGGUGCUCUUUGGCAGUGAAAUCACCAACCCUCUCUUGCAGGCGCGCUGGUUCCUCAAGCAGACUGGACGUUACGGGACUCUGCUGGGGGACGUUGUGGACGUCCUGUUUGUGCUGCUGUUUGUGGUGAUGCGAAUCUUCGUGGGAGGCACAAUGCUGUACUGUGAGCUGAUCUCCCCCAGGCCGAGAUUCUUUAUCAAGUGUGGCGGAGUGGCCAUGUACGCCCUUUCCUGGGUCUUUAUGGUAGACAUUGUUCGAUUUGCCAUCCGGAAGAGCAAAAGCUGGCACAAACACCAGAGAGACCGCCAAGAGCUUUUAGCAGCUAAUGGUCAUGAAGGGAAGAAGGAGUGAUCGGCAUCAGAAGGGAAUCCAUUUAUGUCAUUUCUCUGCUCUUCGCUUUGGACACUUGAUGGAAAGUACAUGGAAAGCAACUUUCUCCAUGUUGAAGUGUGAUUUUAGAAAAAGGGAUUUUUAAAUUAAAAAAAUGCUAAGGCUUCUUUUUGUAAGGUUUGUGGAUUUUGGAGCUGAACAUGCAUAAAAGGUGCAAACAGCACUGACACAGUUUAUAUCACUGAAAACCAAAGCAUAUUGUAUAAACACACAAAGAAAACCUGUGGGAAGAAAAGUUGCCGUUAACUGUGACCUAGUCAUGUGUGGCAGUGUGGCUCCAAAAGGAAGUUCCCUACUAGAAAAGAAAAAGUUUACAUGUAAUGUUGUAGUCCUUGUGAAACACUUUUAGUGAUGUCAACAGACUAGGAUUGGUACUCAGGGAAAUUAAGUAAUAUCAGAAAGAUUGACGUGUGUUUGAUGUGUUUAAUCAAAUUUCUAUUUAUUUUGCAUCCCUCCUUUAAAGCUCUAUGUUACAGUUUUAUUGAGUCUAUUAAAUUCUAAAUGUGUUCUUUUUAGUGUAAAUUGUAAACUAUAAAUACAUUCUCAUGUUUUCUGAAAUGGUAACCCUUGUCAACUUUAUUGUACCAGAUGUGUGAGGGUGGUCGCGCGUGAGUAAUCAUUUAGACAAGAUCUGUGCUCUGCACUGAUAGCUCCCAGCUAAUUUAAUUUAAUAAGCUGUUUGUUGAAUGUUUCAGUCUCACAGAGAUCUUGUCAGAAAUUGUCCAAGCUUUGAUUAAAUUCAUUCUGAGCUAUCUGUACAUUGUGCAAGUCUUUCAAAAGGUCUUUUUUUUUUAAAUAAACCAUUUUGAAAUAACAUGUUAUACAAUGUUUGCCUUAAUAAAAAAUGUGCUACUGGGAUGAAGACAGGAAGUUUUUAUAUUAAGGGACUAUAAUGACUGAGCCCAGAUUUUUAUGUGCAUUCUUGUCUUAAUUGUGAGAAUAUGUUUUUGUCGCAAUAGGUUAAAAACAUGCCAUCUGUUUGUUUCCUAUGUCUGUUCACCUGACUGGCACUGAGAGAAGUCUCUGUGUGCAUCACCAAUACAUACAAGAAAGUACAAACCUAACUAGUGUGUGCCUUAGUUAUCUGAAUGUACCUUCCUAAUGUGUUUUUAUCCUUUCUCAUGUACUGUAAACUCAUUCAACACAGGAGGCGGCGUCACAAGAGCCAUUUUGGGUCGGGGUUUCAUCGUUCACCUUUGUAAUCCCUGUGUAAAGUGAAAUAAAAUAAACUUGACAUGU